CCCAUUACAUCCCACUUUGUAUUUAAUUUAUCAUGCAGUUCACAGCGUGUCUUCGUUAACUCACAGCAGCAUUCUGCUCAGUCAAUAAUUCCAUCCAUAAUGAGUGAAAAAUUGAGGGAAGGUCUACUCCUGGGCUUGGGGAAUCCACUAUUGGAUAUCUCAGCAACCGUAGAUGAUGAUUUUUUAGAAAAAUAUGGAAUGAAACCAAAUGAUGCUAUUUUGGCUGAUGAACACCAUAAAUCAUUAUACGAUGAGCUCAUAGAGCAGUACAAAGCGGAUUUUAUUGGCGGAGGAUCAGUCCAAAAUACUCUCCGGGUUGCGCAGUGGAUUUUGGAAAAACCUCAUAUAGCCACGUUUAUGGGGUGUGUAGGAAAGGAUAAAUACUCAAAAAUUCUUAAGGAUAAACUCCUAGAGAGUGGAGUGAACGUUAGGUAUCAGUACCAUGAUAAGGAGCCCACGGGUACCUGUGGAGUCCUCAUCACCGGGAAGAAUCGAUCAUUGUGCGCUAAUUUAGCAGCCGCUAAUUGUUUCUCACCGCAUCAUCUGGAUGAUCCGGAGAACAAACUUCUUCUAGAAAAUUCUAAAUACAUUUACAUUUCGGGUUUCUUUUUAACUGUGAGUCCAGUGACAAUUCAACAAGUUGCGAAACACGCACAUGAAAACAAUAAAAUCUUCAUGAUGAAUUUGAGUGCUCCAUUUUUAUGUGAAUUCUUUAAAGAACCCAUGAUGGCAGCGUUUCCUUAUGUAGAUAUAAUAUUCGGAAAUGAAACCGAGGCUGAUGCCUUCUCCAAGGCGAAUGACUUGAAAACGAUGGACAGGAGAGAAAUUGCCUUGAAGAUGUCAAAGAUGGAAAAACUCAACGACAAACGGAAAAGAAUUGUUGUUAUCACGCAGGGAGCUGAUAACGUCAUUGUAGCUAAGGAUGAUAAAAUCACAGAAUAUCCGGUCCGGAGAAUACCCGAGGAUAAAGUUAUAGAUACAAAUGGGGCAGGAGAUGCUUUUGUGGGAGGAUUCCUCGCCCAAUACCUUGUUGGCAGAAGCAUUGAAACCUGCAUAGCAUGCGGGAUUUGGGCAGCUACAGAGAUUGUCCAAAGAUCUGGUUGUACUUACGCAGGAAAACCUAAUUUUGUACCUUAAGCUCAUAUUUUCUUAAAUUGAAUAAGUACCUGUGCACAUGAUGGAUAAUUACCACAACUGGGCUGUUACUUAAAAAAUCAAAUUCUUUCAAUAAAUGGUUUAACCAAA